GGCAGUGAUGAGACAUCUUGUGGGCUGGUUGUCGCUAGCUGUCUGCAUGUUUGGACUGAAUGCAGAGUUGAUCUCUCAUUUACACCCUCCAAAACAAGAAAUUUCUGUUGCUAACUGUGUCUUUCCAUUCAUCUACGGUGAUGAAUUACACUUCAAUUGUAUCUCCACCCACAGUGACUUUGAUUGGUGUUCCCUUGACUUUUGCUUCAAAGGAAGAUGGCGCUACUGCACAGCACUGGAUCCUCCAAUAUGUGUCUUCCCUUUCCAAUUCAGAAAAAAGGCUAUUUAUGAAUGCACCAAGGAAGGCUACAUUUUGAAUCGGAGUUGGUGUUCAUUGACUGACAAUUACAACAAAGAUAAAAAAUGGAAGCAAUGUUCUCCUCACAAUUUUUAGGUAAACGUGUAUUUUUGAAGAGACAGAAGUUACAGAUCCAUCAGAUGUCUCUCUAGAUACAAUUCUUCUUUUAUUGUCAUGGAGCAUUCUGAUAAUAAAUGUCUGUUUUCUUGUCUA